AUGGCAGGGGGACUCGGUCGCAAAGCCGUCCAAGGCAUUGCUGCAGGCAUUGGCCUUGUCUCCGAAGCGCGAUCAGCCCACAAGACAAAAAAGCAGAAUCAAAAUCAACAUACACAAUCGUGCGAGGAACCAGCCCCCCAAACUGAAAGGGGACUGCCCGAACAAUACGAACAGUUCCAACCGCCACCAUAUGAACUGCCCGUCGAAGCAGAGACCCACCUUGAAAGAGCACCCUCCGGGUCUCUCGAGGAGCAAUGGGCUCUGGACGAGAUACAAGAAGAGCUUGCACAACCCGCGCAAGGCCAACCAGACACUACCAAGAGCAACGGAGACCAAGAACGCGUCGAUGAAGAAGGUCUUGCCCACAGGUUUGCGUCUGCAUACCCUGCACCACCGCCUUACUCGGCCAUCCAGACUGAAAGUGGAAUGUCACGCCCGCAGCUGUCGGCACCAGUCGUGCUGCCACAGCGCCGGCCGAAAAAUCGAGACCGCGGCUUCAUUCGCGCGUAUGCCCCCGCCUUGAACGAGUGCGGGAUCGAUCAAGAUAUGUUUAUUGAUUUCCUCAAUACAGCGGAGAAGGCCUGUCAGGCUUCCCCAUGGCUGAAUGCGAUCAACUUGGCGGCGAUUGGGACAAUGUGGAUGCCAUCUGUCACGGGCAUCGCCGUGUCUAUUGCUAUUCAGAUCACUACUGAUAUUGCGAUUGCGGUGGAGGGUCGUCGGAAAACGAAUACCUUCUUCGACAAGAUGAACAAGGAAUUCUUCCAACCUCGCGGCCUCUACUGCCUCCUCAUGACUUGGAACCCCGAAUUGCCUGAUGCUCCAGCUACAACGAUCGACCUCAACUCGUUCAUCUCCAAAGCUGCAAGUGGCGGAAGUUCGGACACGCUAGGCCGCCUCCGUCAUAAAUUCAAAUCAUCAGAUGGAAAGGCCUAUGGUAAUAUCUUCCCAGAGGUUGCGCCUCUGGUCUUCCCCCAGAUUGAUCAACUCGCAUCCGAUCAAGACGCGGAGAAGAAGUUUGCCAAAAUGAAAAAGAAAAAGGAGUUUGUCGCUGGGUAUAUGGAUAAGAGGGCCCAGGCGAAAUUUGUGAGCUAUCCUUUGCAAAUUAUAACCGGGUUGCACGAGCUAACCAUCGUGUCUUCACAGGCCGCCGAACACCCCGACAGUCACUUGACUCAAGGUCCAAAGCCAACGUUUACCUCACGCUAUGCCGAUCCCAACCACGCCGCAAGCAGCGGCGAUCCUCUCGCCCUGAUCACUGGCGGCCAUCUCACUAUGAACAAACUGAGCACACCCCAUGGCAGACCCUUUGGACUAUUCGAUGCCAUCAAUACCAUUCGAGAUUUACGCAGUCCCCAGAACGGCGCUCAGCAUGCUGGGUAUGCUCCCUAUGCAGCUGAUGCGUCCGGUGGUAGGGGUCUAGACCGGCUUGCUGCGCGUCGGGAAGAUAGUGGCAGUAUUGGACCUUUAACACCGUUAGCGAAGUUGUUGAAGAAGAAAGUUUUGUAUUUGGCGAUUGUGAAUAUGCCGUCAGAAGAAGAGAUGGGACUUGCUCGCGAGGCUUUGGGACAGGUAGCAUGA